UUGUUUCGUAAUGCUGUCCCAACGCGUUAUACAAUUAAGGUGGAUGUUACAAACAUUGAAGGAGCUGAGCGUGAAAAUUUUGUGAUCAAACAACAAAAUAUGGAGGACGUUAAAAUAACCGAAAAUGAGCAUCAUGUUGAUGAUGUAGUUAUGGAACGACCAAGCACUUUUACUACGGUGACAUGUAACAUUAUGAAUUCAAAUGAAACUCUUUCAGCCACUGAGUACGCCCAGAAAUCUUACCAAGAGGUGCUGUUUCAAGCAGCAAAAUCUGUCGGAGAAGAGGUUGAGAAUGGUGCGCUACUCUUUGUUAAAAAUAAGGAGUCUAAAAAUAAGAGUGGCAAAUGUGUAACAAAUUCUUAA